CAACAAGUUCAUCUGCUUUUCCUCCAACUCGAUACCGUCUCGAGAUCAUCAUCAGCCUUUCUUGGAAUCGACGUCAUUCACUCUCCCUCUCUCUGCCGACAUCCACCUCUUCCGUCGCAACUCAUUUCCCUGGUGUGCUUCUUGUUCCGUUGUUUGAACUGUUCAAGUGUUCCAGCUUCGUCUCCAACUUCGUCAUUCACCUCUGCUACCAUUCUAAACCUUCCUCCUGCGCAGUCCCAAGUGCGCCCAUAUCUAUCACCAGUCCUUUGCAAGAUGCUGUACUCGAGAUAGCUGUUUCUAUCCACGCCAUCCUCCCCAACCCACCCUCUGCCACCCCGAAACGAACUCAACACCUCAACCGACGUCCCAUCCACUGAGAUCGACGUCGUCACCAUGUCUAGGCCUAUCACUCCAGUCUCGCCCGUCCACAGCGCAAUGCCGAAUCACCCCGACCCUUCGCUACACUCUGCGCGGCCCACGAGCGCCAGACCAGUGUCUUCUCGGCCAGUUUCCUAUGUUGUCAGCCACCAUGCAGAUGCUCCCUCCAACUACGAUGAACCCGGUACUUACCCACCUGAGCAAACCGCCAUGUCGCAAACUGGCGAAAUGCACGAUGGAGGCGAUGCUACGGGCGAACAAGCUCCAGACCUCCCUCGAAGCAAUUCGCACAUGUCAGGAUCCCAAACACUACUUCCCUCAAGAGGCGGAACGUUGAAGAAGAAGCCUUCCUUGCACAAAAGCGCUAGCCUGAAAAGAACAGCGAGCAAGAGGAGCAGUUAUGCUGGUUCCGUGCGAAGCGUCAGGUUGGGUGAGAAGGAAAAGUACGGCGAAACCGAGGAGACGAACAGCGUCUUCUAUUGUCCCGUCCCCACGUCGGGCAAUCCAACCGAACUGCUAGCGAAUCGAUUCCAAGCAUGGCGCAAAGUACUGAAGGACAUCAUCAAUUAUUUCCGCGAUUUGCACAAAACUUACGAAAUGCGAUCCAAAGCACUCAUGUCCACGUCUAACGUCAUCAACAAUGCCACGCUUCCUCCCAAUUUUAUGUCUUCAGGCGGCAUAGGUGACGCCGCCUUCAUUUUACGGGACUUCCACAAACAGGCUCUCAGCGAGGCGAACAAGGCCCGGGACCUGGAAAAUGAAGUCAUCAUACAGCUGACCGGCCUUCGCAGCGAUCUACAACAGAAGAUCAAGGAGAUCAAGAGCUUGUCUGGUGAUUUUAAGAAUUCAGUAGACAAGGAACAGGAAAACACUAAAAGGGCCGUUCGAGCUCUCCAAGAGGCCCUCGGCCUGGUUGACAACGAUGCUGCGGCUACCAGUGGGAAAGGUGAUCCUUUCUUGGUCAAGUUGGGCGUCGACAAGCAAGUGGAGAAACAGAUCGAUGAGGAAAACUAUUUGCAUCGAGCGUACCUGAAUCUUGAAGCGUCGGGGCGCGAACUUGAGGCAAUCGUGGUUGGGGAGAUCCAGAAAGCGUACAAUGUCCUAGCUGGCAUUCUCCGCCGUGAAGCCGAUGAUGCCUAUGACGCUGCCGAAAAACUCAAAGAAGGGCCGCUGGCGAUGCCGAAAGACCAUGAAUGGGACGAGUUCACCACGAACAACAACCAAAUGAUCGACCCGCGCAGGCCUGUCCGGCAGGUAGCGAAUAUUGUCUAUCCUGGCAAGGAUCAUCCAGCGGCUAUCGAAGUCAGAAGUGGCAUGCUCGAAAGAAAGAGUAAAUACCUGAAAAACUAUACCCCCGGAUGGUAUAUCUUGUCGCCAACUCACCUCCACGAGUUCAAGUCGGCCGACCGCGUUACCAGCCAGACUCCGGUUAUGUCACUAUACUUGCCCGAGCAGAAGUUGGGCACACACUCCGAACCCGGUUCGUCAUCGCACAAAUUCAUGCUUAAAGGCCGCCAGACCGGAUCCAUGCACCGUGGACACGCCUGGGUUUUCAGAGCGGAGACUCACGACACCAUGCUCGCUUGGUACAACGACAUCAAAGAAUUGACCUCGAAACGUGGCGAAGAGCGAAAUGAGUUCGUUCGCAGGAGUCACGCCCGGUCGAUUUCUGGAAACAGCCUUAAGCCCGCAAGCAUAAUCAGCUCCGAAGGUGCAAUGGAAGAAGACGAAGCUGACCAUAUCGCCUUUGCUGGAGAACAAUCUGUCCGAGGUAAUUCUACUGCAGAUGAGACUGGCAUGACCGGAGCAGCUGGGCUAGGUGUUCUAGGUGCAAAUGACGUUGAGGAUACCCGGUCAGAAGCCGGAUGGCGUCCUCCUCAACAACGACCAGCACCAGGUGGGCGAUUUCCAUCCGACCUCAACAUUCAGCGAGGCUUACAAGCACCGCUUUCCCCGUCUAGUGGAGCCGAUUCUGACCAAGACCGAGAUGUUAUAGCAGCUGCAGGUUCCCUCCCAGGAAGUGGCGUGCCGUUUUCCAAUACCCCCGAACGGCACACAGACUUGCAGACGACCGUCCAUCAGCCAGCUCCAGUCACCAACACGGCGACUACCAAUAACCACUACGCUCCUGGCCAGCAUCCAAACAUUCUCCCCGCGCAUACCACACCGCACCAAGAUUCGGUCAGUCAGUACGGCGAGUGGAUGGCACCUAUUGCCGCGGGCACUGGAGGUCUUGCAGUGGGUGCGGGUGUGAUGCACCAUCAUGAUCAGCGCCAGCAACAGCCGAUGGUUGAGACAUCAGCACACCAGAUGGAUGGCGAGGCGGCAAUUCCGAGCCCAGGUCAAUCUUCGGCUCCCAUUCCUGUAGCGACAGCAGCGCCAAUUGAUGCCCCUACUGGUCCACGCGCCAUGAGCGAAUCGACGACUGCACCGAGCUCGGCAGCAGGAAACGCAACAUCGUCAGGCGCAGAUACUGCGACUCUAUCGACUGUGCCGACUAGCACAGGUUAUCCUGCAGCCAACGAGAGCAUGUUCGAUGCCAAUGGAGUCUUUACUGGCCCCAGGGCUGCGAAGACCCCGCCAACAGCGUACGUGCUCAAGCCAUCGGACCGGUCCAAGAGUCACACAACCAUAAGUGAUUUACAUGUCCCUGGAGAGUUUCCACAAACUCCCGCUCUCAACGAAGAUUCAAAGCUAUACCAAGACGUGAUCCAGAGCUGAGCUGAUAGCUAUCACAUCAAAAUGUCAAAGGCCAUAGAUAGGUUUGGCCGAAACGGGUGACGUACAUACGGAAAGGACAACAGGCCGAGUCGAUAUUUCCUACCUUUCUGCAGGCACAUUGACGGUUACACAUCAUGCGGUGGCGGAAUGUCAUAUUGUUUUAUGUGCAGUUUCAAAGAUACCAACAAUUGUUUGUCUUUUUGCCAUUUCUGUCCCUUUUUGGCAUGCAGCUCGUUGGAAACUUCAACCAGUGGUUAUGCCAACGUACUUGCCCACCAGGUGGAACGUCGACCAGACCUGUGACACGCGCGGGGGAUGUCGAAAGGUUUGGAAAGCACAGGAGGGCAGACAACGUGCGAAGGCGGCCAUGUUGGUUUGGUGAGUAGCCGUAUCUUACGAGAAAUACCUUGAAACCCACCACUGUCUCUUCG